UGCCUUGCGGAGACUGAAGCUCGCUGUGAGUGCACGGGAGGUGAAUGGACCUCCACCGCCCCUUCAAGAUGGACAGCCCCUCCUACCUGCCGGCUCCACUGGCCUCCCCCGCCCUGAUGGUCCUCGCCUCCACUGCCGAGGCCGGCCGAGACGCCUCCGUCCCCUGCCAGGCGUCCAGGCCCUUCGGUGUCCCUGCCUCCAUGGAGAAGGACCUCCACCUCCCCUUCCCCUCUGCCUCUUACACCUUCACCUCCAUGUAUCAGCGCCAGGGCCCCAUGUCAGGCACCUUUCCCUCCCGAGACUUCCCCACCUCCCUGCUCCACCUGCACCCUCAGUUCAACCCACCGAACCUGGACUGCUCCACCCUGAGCAUGCUCAACCACAGCGGGGUGGGCGCCUUCCGACCUUUCUCCUCCCCGCAAGAGGAGAGGGAGUCGGGGGUUUACCAUUCGGCUUUCACCCCUGCCAAGAGGCUGAAAAGCUGCUUCCCGGAGGUGGAGGGGAAGGAGUUUGACUUCUGCUCCCCGGGAGGCUCCCUCAAAGCCGGGGAGGACUCAGGCAGGAAGCUGUUCUCCAUGUCCGGCCUGCUGUCUGAUGGAGAGGCGUCUUUGAGCCCGGAGGAGCGCAAAGAGCACAGCAAAGUGAAGGGUCUGUAUGACGCUCAGGCUCCCGUGUGUCCGGUGUGCCAGGCCGCUCUGCGACCGGGAGAGCUGCAGGAACACAUGCAGCAGGAGCUCAGCAAACUGGCCCAGAUACAGCUCAGCAUCACUCCGGUGCAGCACAACCGCCUCAUCAGGACGCCGAAGUCUCUCUCGCUCUCGCUUCAUAUCAAGCGUGAAGCAGGUUCCCCCCCCUCCCCCCCUCGCACGUCUGAGGACGCCCACUCCGACCGAUACCAGACGUUCCUGCGCGUGCGGGCCAACAGACACACGAGGCUGAACGUCGAUGACCUCUGCUGGUGCAGGUGCUACGUCAAAUCUGCCCCAUUACGCCCCCACAGCGCAGGAGCCCACCUAGACUGCACACAAGCCGUCAAGAUCGGAAAGAUGAAGCGCAGGAAACCAGAAGACGGACAGGAGGGUUCGGCGGACAUGGCACCACUGCAGGACGAGUGGAACGAGAGGAGAAGGAUGCAGAUGUCGUCCAUCGUAGGAGGGUUUAAAGGUGCAGUGCUGGUGAGCACGACCUCCAAGGAGUGUCGAGACAGCGACGCAGACCUGGACGUGGACGGAGACGACACUCUGGAGUACGGCAGAGCGCAAUACACAGACACAGAUGUGAUCCCCUGCUCAGGAGGAAGCUCCAAGGAGACGACAAUGAACAGUGCGUUGCCAGACUCCAGAGGAAGCUUAGAGUUUAACAAAUGGUCACAUGAUGGGAGUCCGUCCACCAGCAGUGGAGAGAAAGUGGACGGCGGCGCUGCAGCGCUCCACAAAACCUGCAAAAACUCUGAGAUAGAAACGCUCUCAGAGGAUUCCACGCUGACAACUCUGGAUGCACUUAAAGCUCGGAUACGGGAUUUGGAGAAACAGUUGUCUAAAGGAGACAGAUUUAAAUGCCUCAUCUGCAUGGACACGUACACCACCCCUCUCACCUCCAUCCAGUGCUGGCAUGUUCACUGUGAGGAGUGUUGGCUCCGAACGCUGGGAGCAAAGAAGUUGUGUCCUCAGUGCAACACCAUCACCUCACCUGGAGACCUGCGGCGGGUCUACCUGUGACGCACAGAAACUUCUUCUGUUUUAACCAAUCAGGGGUGGACAUGUGGGCAGCUGGCCUGUCAUAGACUCCCCCCUCCUCCCCCUCUUCCUCCUCCUCCUCCUCCUCCUCCUCCUCCUGGUCCUACCUGUUCGUCAGUGCACUCCUAACUUCCACUAACCCCUGACAAUUUGAAGAACAGCAAAUGUGACCUUUGACCUUCCUUUCCAGCCCUGUACAAAACC